AGCCAACAAUGAAGAAACUUCUAGACUAUCGACAAUUUUAUCCUGACAUUGGUAUGAAAGUUUUGAUUGAGAAAUCACUCAUAAGUUGUACACGUCAGUAUAUUCAAAUGCACGACUUGUUGAGAGAGUUGGGUAAGAGUAUUGUCCGAGAAAAAUCACCCAAAGAACCAAGAAAGUGGAACAGGUUGUGGAGCUACAAGGAUCUCCAAAAGGUCAUGAAAGUAAAUAAGGAAUCCGAAAAUGUUGAAGCUAUAGUUAUUGAUCAACAUCCAGACGAGUUUCUACUAAGUAGAUUAAGAGUGGAUGCUCUCUCAAAAAUGAAUCACCUUGAGUUGCUCGUUCUAAACAAUGUGAACUGUUUUGGAACUCUCAAUUAUAUAUCUAAUGAACUGAAAUAUCUAUAUUGGAGUAACUUUUCUUGGAUGUCUUUGCCAUCAACUUUCCAUCUAGAUCAACUUGUAGAAUUGAUCCUGCCUCAUAGCAAUAUCAAAAAAUUAUGGGAAGGCAAAAAGUGUUUGCCUAAUUUGAAAACGUUGGAUCUCAGUCACUCCAGAAAUCUUGUUGGGUUGCCAAACUUUAGUGAGAUUCCACAUCUUACGAAACUUAUUCUUGAAGGAUGUAUACAAAUAAUGCAGAUUGAUCCAUCUAUUGAUAUUCUAAAAGAACUUGAUCAUUUGAAUUUGAGGAAUUGUAAAAAUCUCGUUCUUAAUCUGAAUAUCCUUUUUGGGAUUAGUUCUCUUGGGAGCUUAAAUGUCUCUGGCUGUUCAAAAUUACUUAAUAGUAAGAUGUUAAUGGAGCCAAGGAACACAGAGCAUUUGGAGAAAGCUGAUAAAAAUAAAAAUAUUAUCCAAUUGCCAACAUCCUCUGUAUACAAACUUCUAAUGUUGCCUUUCCAUUUUUUCUACCCUUUGGAAGCUGAAGAUUCACUUGGUCUGUUAAUGUCUUCUUUUUCUUUUUCUGCCCCGUGUUUGUUUGAACUUGAUAUAAGCUUCUGCGGUCUACUUCGAAUCCCAGAUGAAAUUGGGAACUUACGUAGUUUGGCAAAACUAAAGUUGGGGGGAAACAAAUUUGUGACACUACCAAGCACCAUCAAGCAACUUUCAAAUCUUCAAAGUUUCAACUUAGAACACUGCAAACAGCUGAAAUAUUUGCCUGAGCUUCCAACAAUAACAGGAAAAAAUGGCAGAUACCCUAUGGGAUUAUACGUUUUUGAUUGCCCCAAGUUGAGUGAUAUGGAACACUGUUAUAGCAUGGUUUUUCCUUGGAUGACACAAACUCUUAAGGUUUACUUGCAACCUACUGUUUCGCCAGCUAGGAUGGAAAUUGUUACUCCUGGAAGUCAAAUUCCAAAGUGGUUCAACAAACAGUAUUCAACAAGAUCAGUAAGAAUGGACCCAUCUGCUAUUAUAGAUGACCCAAAUUGGAUAGGUGUUGCCAUUUGCGUUCUAUUUGUCACACACCAAGAUCCUAUGAAUUUGGGUGAAAUAUAUGGUCAUCCUUACCGUGGUAUUGAAUACGGUUUCAAUAAUGUCUUUCAUUUGUCAAAAUAUUAUUUAGUAGUUCCAAUACAUUUCAAGAAUGAUUUGGUGACAAUUGGAUUAGAUCACUUGUUGACAGUCUUUUGCUGUCGGCAAGAAUUCAUUCAUCUUCUAGGCAGACAUCCAAAUACCAUGCAUGAUCUUCACAGCAUUGAAUUCGAAACUUCGAUUCGAAGUCCUAAAGGUUUACGUGUUGUGGUGAAGAAUUGCGGGUAUCGUUGGGUAUUUCAGGAGGAUCUUCAACAACUAAACUCAAACAUGUUUUUCGGCGAAAAUUCCUCAUAUCGAACGAGGAAGCUUCUAACAAUUGAUUAACCACGGAGAGCUUUCUGCCUAAAAAUUUCUUCCCAACCACCAUUCCAUAAAAAAAUCUCAAGUCAGGUAAAUUUAAUACACAAAUAAUUACUUGGAUAAUACCCAGUUUGGGGUUAAUGUAUCAAUGCGGUCUAUCAUGUUAAAUUCUCACAUAUGACGUUUAGAAUGUGGUGAUGUGACAGUGGAGAAGAGAUACGUGUCAAAUGAGAACAAAUUGGUGUGUAAAAACAUAAC